UGCCAACUGGAGUGCAUGCUCUUUAUCCUUACCUCCUGUAGUUCAAGCCAAGAGGUUGUCUUCAAUUCCAUGCAUUCUGUGGAACCUUGUUGAUCUCUCUGCAAGUCUGCAUUAUUAACAUUUACUGUCAUUCACAUGUUAGUUAACUCUACAUAAAAACAUCCAGACUCAUUUGAUCAGUUUACAAAUUCAUUCUGGCUCACUCUGAUCAGCACAUAGUCAGCAAAUACUCAGUAACAUUCCUUAAUAACAAGAUAUUGCAAUUUCCCCAUAACUGGUAUUCCACAAGUGGCUACACAAUGACCUUAUUUCUUUUGAUUUUUUAAAUAGUGGUGACAUUAAUCUGGGUUUCCAUUCUAAGGGGGCAAUUCUAAAUCAAGUGCUGGUUUGGAAGAUCAUGACCAAGACAAUAGCAAUUUCCUCAAAUUUAUUUUAAUAACCUGGGGUAGAAAUCAUCAAGUCCUGGAAAUCUGUCUGUUUUCACCUCACCUCACUAGUUUCAUCAUCACCAUGUUUUAAAUAUAUUGAAUCUCAUUAGUUUUACCUUAUGAUUUAUGAUUUCACUUUUUUGUGUUUGUAGUAUUUUAUCUUUGUCUGCUGGAGUGAGGACUGCAAUAAAGGAACCAUUCAGCAAAUCUGUCAUUUUCUUAUUUCAAAUUACAAAUAUCAAUUGCAGUUAUCAUUAUUUUUAGGCAGAAUUUAUCUUCUAUUUAUAAAACGCUUUAUAAUUUUUCUUUUUCUCUCUCAUUUUACAGAAUCACUACUGUUCUAUGCCUUGGUUAUUCUAGUUUAUGCUAAUCUUCUGCCCUUUUAGAUCAAGAAUUUUUAUCCAAUUAGAUCACUGAGCUCUUGGUUUUUUAGGGUAUAUACAAGUCUUGUAAUAUACCAAAUAUUUUUUGAAUACCUUCUACUGUUCAUCUGUAAUUUCACCUGUAAAUAAUUCCAACCAGUCUAUAGCAUCAAUUUUUGACUGAUCUCUCCCAAUUUGAUCUUCCCUGCUGUACUGCCAUUCCUUCAUGUUUAGUUCAGGCUCAUCAUGCAUUAUUAAUCUAAGGUGGUCAGUUCUUUUGUUGGUUCAAGUAGAUAUUGUCCCAGAAAACUAUCAAAAAUGCACAAGAGGUACUCUUCUUUUGGGAUUGAUGCUAUUUUGCUUCCUCCAGUGUGAAAAAUUAAAGCUUCCUAUCAUAAUUGCUCUUUGUUUUUGUAAUAAGCUUUUCUGAUCUGUGUCUCUGUGGCCUGUUUCUUUACUGAAGCUAUCUGCAAGUCUACAUACAAUUUUCACUGAAGCCUUAUUUUUAGUUCAAGUUUACCCUCUGCCUGCUUAAGCUUACUAAUUUUACUUCCUUCUGAUGCUUAAAAGUGUUCCUUCUCAUUAUUACUAUAUCUUUUCCAAUUUUCUUGUCCUUUCUAAAGACUUGCUCACCUGCAGUGUGCAUCUAGCCGUCAGGUCCCAGUGACGAACACUACAUCAUACCCUUUUUGCUGACUUUUGUGUUUCAGUUCAUCUAAUACUUCUUAUGCUUUGUGUAUGAAAUGGAUAUAACUCUUAGUUUCACAGCGAUCAGAUCAAAGCUCUGUGCAACACCGCAACAAGUCUGGAUUUUACUGGGAUUAUUUGGCUUCAGACCUCAUUACAGCCUUGUUCUAAACAUAACCAAAGAGCUGAGUUACUGAUGUGACUUGAUAGUGACUUCAUUGCAGUGUCGUGGGCCCAACCUGCUUCACAUUCUUCAUCCUUCUAGCAGAAUCAGGUUUAUUAUCACAGACUUGUAUGUCGUAAAAUCUGUUGUUUUGCAGCAGCAGUACAGUGCAAAGACAUAAAAAUUACAAAACAUUAGUGCAAGAAAAAAGAAUAACAAAGUAGUGCUCAUGGGUUCAUGGACCAUUCAGAAAUCUGAUGGCAGAGGGGAAAAAGCUGUUCCUAAGUCAUUGAGUGUGGGUCUUCAGGCUUCUGUACCUCUUCCCUGAUGGUAGUAAUGUGAAGAGGGCGUGUCCCAGAUGGUGAGGGUCCCUAGUGAUGGAUGCCUCCUUCUUGAUGUUUGCUAUCAUUGCACCAUGGUCAAUCCAUUUGGAGCUGUUUAGCAAAUAAAAUAGCCCAUGCCUGAAUGCAGCAAGAUGUAAAUAAUACUUAGGAAAAUAACAUUCAUACCAAGACAUGGUAUUACCACUGCCAAGAUCCCCACCAUCAAUGUUCCGGAGGUCAUCACUGAUCAGAAACUCAACUGGACCAGGCAAAUAAAUACUGAGGCUACAAAUACAAGUCAGAAGCCAGGUAUCCUACAGUGUGGUUCACCUCCAGGCACCCCAGAACAUUUCAGGGCACAAGUCAGGAGCAUGGUGAAAUAAUCUCCACUUGCCUGGAUAAAUACAGCUCCAACAGUACUCAACACCAUCCAGAACAAAGCAGACAGCUUGAUUAGUAUCUCAUCCACUAUUAUCUACAUCUUGCUGCAUUCAGGCAUGGGCUGUUUUAUUUGCUAAACAGCUCCAAAUGGAUUGACCAUGGUGCAAUGAUAGCGAACAUCAAGGAGGAGGCACCCCCUCCACCACCAAUGCACCCUAGCUGUAAUAGAUACCUCUCAUUGCUUAUUUCAGGGAUCAAUUAUUUCACAUCAAUUGUAAUUUUGCCAGCCGUCAAAAUACUCUUAUCAAACAUGGAUGGUUGGCACAUUUUUUAUAUUUAGCCCAUACACCAUCAAGAGCCAUACUUGGGGUUUUAAGAGAAAUCCGAUAUGAAGGCGAUGAUGAUGCGUUUCAUCUGGUCAAACAGUAAAAACAGACCACAGAAUGCACUUGAGACGUAAUGAACAAAGCUAAUCCUUAUUUCAGUGGGCGUGUGGUAAAUCUAUUGAACAAGCACAAUAAGGAGACAGUGGAAACAGAUAGUUUUGAUUUCUUCAGUUUCAAUUGUGUUCCUUUCACCAAACAUUUUAAGAUGCGGUAUGCGUAAUUUGAGAUACAACAUACGGAAGGAACCACUACCUAAAGAAAAAUACAACUGAGUCAUAAUAUGAACAAUCCAGUUGAUUUUGGAUGAUUGAAAGGGGCUUGGAUCAGCAAAUGAAUGAAGCAAUGCAGCAAGUGUUGGACAACCUCAAUGAGUUGCCCAUCUCAACAGGAGCUAAGGAGAUAGAUCUGAUCUUCCUCAAAGGAAUAAUGGAGAGUCCAAUUGUCAGAUCUCUUGCCAAGGCUCAUGAACGACUUGAAGACACCAAAUUGGAAGCUGUGAGAGAGAAUAAUGUGGACCUUGUAAAGCAGAUUCUUGAAGAGAUCAGCUGUGUAGUCCAUCACAAUGAGUAUGCAGCAGAGCUGACUGCAAUUCUGAAGGAGCCACACUUUCAGUCACUCCUGGAAGCCCAUGAUUUGGUUGCAUCGAAGUGUUAUGAAACACCGCCCUCAAGCCCCAGUCUGCUAAAUGAUGCCUUGAGUAACCAAACGGCAUCAGGUGAUGCUGUUCGCAUGAUUGGAAUUCAGAAGAAAGCCAAUGAGCCUUUGGGUGUUACCUUUAGGGUGGAGAAUAGUGAGCUGGUAAUCGCAAGGAUUCUUCAUGGUGGUAUGAUUGACCGGCAAGGUCUUCUCCAUGUGGGAGAUAUCAUUAAAGAAGUCAAUGGCAUUGAAGUCGGAUCUGACCCAAAAGUACUGCAAGAAAUGUUGAAGGAUUGCGGUGGUGGAAUCUCGUUUAAAAUUUUGCCCAGUUACAAAGAAACUCCUUUGCCCUUGCAGGUCUUUGUGAAAUGCCAUUUUGAUUACAAUCCAGCCAAUGAUAGUUUAAUCCCAUGCAAAGAUGCAGGACUGAGGUUUUCUAGAGGGGACAUCCUUCAAGUUGUGAAUCGAGAAGAUCUCAACUGGUGGCAGGCUUUUCAUAUGAAGGGAGGAGGAAGUGCAGGUCUAAUUCCCAGCCAGAUGUUGGAAGAAAAGAGAAAGGCCUUUGUUAAACGAGACUGGGAUCUUUCAGGUUCCUCUGGACCAUUUUGUGGAAUCAUAACUGGUAAAAAGAAGAAAAAGAUGAUGUAUCUCACAACAAAAAAUGCAGAAUUUGAUCGGCAUGAAAUCAUGAUCUAUGAGGAAGUAGCGAGGAUGCCACCCUUUCAGAGGAAGACUCUGGUGUUGAUAGGAGCUCAAGGUGUGGGGAGACGGAGCUUGAAGAACAGGCUCAUCGUAAUGAACCCCAUGCGGUUUGGAACAACAGUCCCAUUUACUUCAAGAAAACCGAGAGAUGAUGAACAGGACGGACAUGCUUACAGAUUUGUAUCGCGUGCAGAAAUGGAAGUGGACAUAAGAGGCAGCAGAUACCUGGAACACGGGGAGUAUGAAGGAAACCUCUACGGGACAAAGAUUGACUCAAUCCAUGAGGUGGUUGGCACAGGAAGAAUGUGCAUUUUGGAUAUUAAUCCACAGGCACUGAAGAUACUGAAGACGGCUGAAUUUAUGCCGUAUAUUGUGUUUGUUGCUGCUCCUGAAUUAGAAACACUUCGUGCCAUGCACAAAGCUGUCAUUGAUGCUGGAAUUACAACUAAGCUUCUCACAGACACAGACUUGAAAAAGACAGUAGAUGAAAGUGCUCGAAUUCAGCGAGCAUACAGCCACUACUUCGAUUUGACCAUUGUCAAUGAUAACUUGGACAAGGCUUUUCAGAAGUUACAGACUGCAAUAGAGAAACUCUUUAUUGAGCCACAGUGGGUCCCCGUUAAUUGGGUAUACUAAUACGUCGAAGAUUAAAUCUUUUUUUUUGUUGUGUGAAUAAGAAUUGAAUAACAAUGUCACAUUUGACAAUACAGCAGAUGCAGAGGCAGGAAAGCUCUGUUUUAUCUCAUGCCUUUAUAUUCUUUCUAGGUUCUGUUUAUAGUACACUAUUUUGGCAUUUUAUAUAAAUAACUGAAGGGAAAGUGUUCUUAUAAAUGUAAUUUAUUUUAAUUUUUUUCUAACUUUUUACAGAUGGUGUUUGUACCCAUACAUAUCAAGUGAAGGAAAAUAAGUUGCAAAGACUCUCUUAUUUGCCUUCAAGUAUCUAGUUUACAGACAUGUAUUCAAGUCUUAAGCUUUUUUGAUGCAAAGUAAUUUUUUUUUUCAGAUUUCAGACUUGUAAUUGGUUAACUAAAGCCUCUAUUGUAUGUAUCAGCUGAAGCUUUGCAUCAGGUGAUGUAUAGUUUCUGCAAUAGUUGCAGAUAAUGAAAUAUUGUCACAUUGUGUUGAGAGUUAACACAUAGCUUCAGUCUAUUCCUAAAGUGUAGUGAGUCCUUCUGCCACUAGAUGUUUGUAAAGAACAUAUUAAGCUGAUGUCUGGCCUCAGCAAGCCAGCCUUGACUUAUCACCAUUUUAUUAUAUAUCACUGUUUCUACUUGCAUCAUUUGGGUUUCAGUCGAAUAUAGGUAAUCCCUGUGUAUUUAGUGCAGUGAAAAUAGUCAGAACAACAUUGCAUAUCGUAUUUCAUGGCGGCGAUGAUAGUGGUCUUGUUUCUGUGUUCUAAGGAUGGAUGUGUAUCAUUUACUUUAUCCCCGCCUUGAAAACAUCUUGUAUUUGUAUAGAGCCUUCAAUGCAAUGACAUUGCCAAGAUGCUUCACGACAGCGCUACCUAUCAGAUAUGCUGAGGGCUGAGGUAAACAACAUCAGAUAUCAGAGCUAUUGUGGCCAGUCAGUAAACUGUAAUCCUGGAUGGGUUCCACCAUGUCUUCAAAUAUCUCCCCUUUCUAUCACUUGGGUCUCUGGUGGAUUAGUUGACAAGAAUGUUAAUUGUUGUUUGUCUUCCUGGGAGGAAGUAGAAGGCAAUUUGUGAGAUUGAAAUCCAAGUCUUUAUUCUUCUAUUUUGUUAAUUAUGAUCCAGAAUGUAAUGUAAUUGGCUAAGAGUGCUCUUGCACUGCUAAAAAUUAAAGCCAAAGCUUGUCACCAUUACUUGUGAUGUGUUAAUUCUCUCAUUUCCUCCCAGUUUGACACUGGAUUACAAGAAUGGCACCUCUACAGCCCAUACAAGCAGCUGAUAUUCCAUUCACUUCAUUGUUCUCUGGUAACUGUUACCUGUAGAAUUAUAAACCAUAUCCUGGUCUCCUUUUGUGUCGUUCGUGCUGGCUGGUGUUUCAGAAGUCCUUGGUCUUGCAACAAGCUAGAAUAAUUUCUUUUCACCUAACAAUAGUUCCACCAGUUUUUUUUUACCAAAAAUAAGCAAUAUAGACAUCAUCUUAAAAUGUGGUUUUUGAAUUAAACAAAAAUUGCCCCAAUCAGAAUGCAUGAUUGGCUCACAUCUAUCUUAAUAGUGGUGUCAAUUUUUAAAAAUUUUAUAGCUUCUAGGUUGUUAAUUUAAACCGAUUUCCGAUUCCAAACUGUCCUACACUUGAAUGGAAUAGACUGUGGCUUUCUCUAUUCUCAAUCUGUAUUUGCAUAACUCCUUAGCAGCAUGGUUUCCCACUAUAAUGAAGGCAAGGCAGUAUGCAAGGACUUCUAUCCCAAUGAUCAAUUUAUUGGUUAUUUGGCCAACUUAUGGGGUUACACAUAAUGUCCUUGCUAUAGAGAGUUGAACUAGUUUCUUUUGCCAGAUCAGAUUGUUAUCCUGAUUUUUUUUAAAUGCAGCUGCCGAUUUGUUAUAAAAUGAAACUUUUUGUACAUACUGUGUUGCUUCUAGAGUGUUAUGUAACUUAUUGCCCAUGGCUAAAUCUUUAGAUAUUUGAUCAGUAACAGGUGAAGGGAUAUUGAAACCUUUCAUCCUUCCAACAAAGUUUACACAGAGAAAUAUUUUAGUAUUUCAGAAAUUCCAGUACUUGUAUUUUUAUGAUUUUGUUUCAGUUGUGAUGUUAAGCAUACCUUGUAUGCUUGAGAUGAGGAUCCUAACUUUAGUUAGAUAUUUUAAGAUACUUCAUCAGUGAAUUGUGCUAGUGAUUAUGUUAUGGAAGAGUUUAUUCUGUGUUGAUGCAUCUUUGCUGAGCUACAUUUUGAAUGGUGAAGUUGUUUUAUAUUUUAUUGGAAGUUUUAUGUUCUGGCUUACUGCUUUUUUUGUUUCUUGUCCCUUGUCCCUCCAGGUUAUAGUUUAGUUGAGUCUGUGGAGAUCCAGGAUUUUCAGCGCAGUUUAUUAAUGUUUAUUCAACACAUUCCGUGCCCCAGAACACUAAAAAUAAAAGAGCUCAUUAUCUGAGCUAUGAGCCAGCUACACAUCAGAGGUCCUCUUUAUUCUUCAGGUUAUAAUUACCACUAUAUAUGGUCAAUUUGUGGAGUAUCUAACCCAAUGUCGUUAAAGCUUGGUUAGAAUGGCAGCCCUCUCCUGGGACGAAGUCAGAGAUGACAAUACAGAUGUUAGGGUGAAAUGCAGUUAACACCCUGCCUGAAGUGGCUAUUAUGCCUUUUAUAUACAGCAUUGGGUGAGAAAAACUCUUUUUGGGGUGAAUGCUGGUGGGGAUAUGAAUGAAUGAAGACUUGCAGGUGAAGAUUAGUACAACAAAGGAAAUUCUACCUUGUGGAUGUUGACGAUCAGGUUUGAAAGUUCUGUUUUGGAAGGGGAAGGGAAAAGUUGGAAGUUGUUUGAACAAAUAUUUUGGGGGAUAAAAGAGGAAUUGAGGAAAUACAAAGUUUAAGUAUUUAGGAGGUAGUUUACAUGAUUGAAUCCAUGAGGGUUAUUCCCAUUGGGACACAUCUUUAAUAAAGAAAACAGCUAAUAUUGUUGCUAGAGAGAAAACAUCUAUGGUAAAGAUUUGGAAUCCUAGUGCAUUGAGACUGUAAGGACAAGCUUAAUCCUAGUAAGUCCAGUACCAAAGUCCUCGUAGGAGGCUUUUAAACAAAGAUGGUUGGGCAGCAGAGAAGAAAAUUGAACAGAAAAAGCAAGCAAGAAAUAAAAAGCAGUAAUUUGUGAAGAACAAGUCAGGAUAAAAAUGUGUAUGGUUUUAUAUAAAUUAUACUUGAGUGUUGUGAAUAAAAUGUAAGCUGAUUGGUGAAUAAUCACGUAGGAGAUGUGGUUACUAUUGGGAGAUGAAUAAUCCAUGUCUCAGAAUUGAGGGAUAGAAUAGGGAAAAGGGAGAAUGGAGGAAAGUUCAGGGGAGAUGUCAGAAGUAGGUUUUUUACACAGAGUGGUGGGUACCUGGCAUGCACUGCUGGGGGUGGUUGUAGGGGCCGAUACAAUAGGGUAAUUUAAGAGACUAUUAGAUAGGCACAUGACGAGAAAAAUAGGGGAUUAUGGGAGGUGAAGUAGAGAGAGGGAUAGAUUGAAUGGGGCUAAGGUUUAUAUAGGUCGGCACAACAUCGUGGGCCGAAGGGCCCGUACUGUGCUGUACUGUUCUAAGAUAGCAGAGUAUUCUAAGAUUAUGUACAACACAGAGAGAACAAAAUCUUAAGGAACCAUCAGAGUAAAUACUGGCCUGCUUAACAGUGAAAGAAAGGGCAUGAUAAAACAGUGGUUGGCUUGUCAGUAAUUCAUAGUGUGCACCUAGAUCCCACGAUGGACUGAGAAUAUGAAAUUAGUUUAAUAGAUUUUUUCCAGGUUUUAAAUUUUGUCACUGUUGAAAACUACCUUGAAAUUAUCAGAUUGUAAUUGCAAAUUCAACUGGUUCACUAAUACUGAUGUAGUUGAUUAAAUUAUCCUCUGUAGGAACAGGGGACAAAAUGUCCUUAGAUGGGAAGAAAUGAUAUGUAAUACUGAAGAGUACAGAAAUGAUAUUGGCAUGAGAUUACAGGAGGCAUCGGGAACAAAAAAUGUCUUUACAGGACUAUGCAUAAAUUGCCAAAGGAGGUGAGAGACCAUACAAGUAGACUGAAGUGCAUGUUCCAGCAUUUUGGGAGAAAAAGCAAGUUGACAGAAGAGUUCAUAGCAUAUUAUUCUGAUAUGAGGGUUUACUUGUCUCAUACAAAAAGUGAAUUCUGUAGUGAAGAUCUGCCAUAUUAAAGCCAGAGACCUUCUAAAAGGUAGAAGUAGAUCUAAUCAAAGGGAUUUCAAUGAGGGUAAUUAGACAUUGUAGAGUAGGGGAACUUAAUAUUCAAAAGGUCAAGGCACUUUGUUGAAAAGAUGUGCAUAAUGCAGUCCCAAGCAGAAUGGAGAUGAUGAGGUAAUUCCCCUGUCAAUCAAGCUCAAUGAAUGCACUGCUACAUGACAUGUACGUAAUUUGUAUGUAACCUGCACUUGCUAUUUUUGUUUUUUGAGGAAUUUUAAGUUUUGAGAAAUUGCAAUUUUUGCCAAUAAAGGUGGCCCCACUGCCACCCAGGACAAAGCCAGGAAUUGGGAGUUUGGUGGCUGUGGGUUCUGAGGCCUGAGCUGAUCUAGGUGAUUAGGAAGGCUCAGGCAGUUUGAGCGGGGGGUGUUUGGAGCCUGUGCUAACUGGCAGAAGUGGUGGUUGGGCUCAACUGAAGAUAGAUCAAUCAUUUGGUGGGGAUGUUGCCACUGUGUGGAGGAGUGUGGGUGCAAAGGAUGUAAGGUAGGUAUAGGACUUGUGCAGUUACUGCCUGAUGCUGCACUAACAAGAGCUGGUUGUUCUGGGAGUAACCAAGAUGGUUGCUUUGGAGAUAACUUGGACUCGUUGCCCCUGCAACGAGAGUAAAUUUCCAAUCAAAUUUUUGGAGAAGCAAAAGAAAACCUGAAUGUUUGCCAUUACCAUGUGUCACUCAUUAAGUACAGAAACAAUGUUACUUGAUCUAAUUCCUAGGCUGUAAUAUCCCACUGCAUGAUUCUAAGGAGAGCAGGUGAGUUCUUAGUGUCCUAAAAACAUUUCUCCCGCCAACAUCCACACAAUAUUUUCUAGGCAUUUAAUGUUUUGGUUUCUUGUGUUCAUUGGCCAUGAAGUACCAUGGCAAUGUCCUAAGGUUAACAGCACUGUAUAAAAUGCAAGUCUUCAUAGUACAUUUUUAAU